UUGACAUUUUCCUUACGAAGAAUGAAGUGAAUCACAGAAUCAAAUUCUCCUUUUCUCUCUUUCGUUAUCAUCAUCUUGUUCGCGAAACCCGACGUUUCGGGCUCUUAUUUUUUCUAUCUUCAUCUUCAUCUUUUCUUCAUCUUUAUCUUUGUGUGAAAAUCAACUUUUCUUCAAAAUCUUAAUCAUCUUUAAUCAUCUUCAUCUAAUCAGUGUUAUUUUUGUGAUAAUCGGAAAACACGAGGGAUUAAUUAUUGAAUCGUCUUAACAAUCAAGUGAACAAAAGUGACUAUUGUUUUGUUUAUCUUCUUGUUUAUGUGUAAAAGAAUUGAUUGAAUUUUAUUAUUAAUUAAUAAUAAACAUUCAAUCAUUGAUAAUUAUAUCAAAAUGUUUCAGAAUUUUGUAGCUGGUCCUUAUACCAAUUCAGCAAAUCAACAGAAUCCUUAUAUUGGUUUGUACAGAGGACAAUAUGUUUCAUCAGAUUCAGAUAAUUCAGGACUAAGAGCCUCACCCUCAUGGGCUUCAGGAUCAAGUAACUGUAAUUCGGAUGAUAAUGCUCAUCCUUAUCAUCCUUCACAUUGUUCAAAUUCGAUCGCUGGACGACUUCAAUUCCAGGCUCCUUUGGCAAGUUCUAAUCAUGUGGCUACCUCCAAUUUAACUGGAACCUCUGGUGGUCCAGUUAGUGUUACCUCAGCACCUUCAAUGUUACACAUCUCUAAGUCUUCUAAUUCUCAUUCAUCUUUGGAGUCUCGAAGCAAAGGAAGAUCAGGAGGAGGUGGAAACAGCAACAACCAUCACCAUCAUCAGGGUGGAAACAACAACAACAACAACAAUUCAAAUAAUAUUGAAGUGUCAUCAGUGGCAAGUGGAACAAGUAGUAAUAGUAAUACCAAUGGUCUAAACAGUAGCUUAAAUAAACCUCGUGAAGGUAAUAAUUCAAAUUCUAAUAAUAAUAAUGAUCAUAAUAGUAGUAGAAAUAAUAACAAUGGUUCAUCAUCAAGUCCAAUCAAUGGAUCAUCAUCACCAUCUCCAUUCACUCAUCCUUCACAUUUAUCCUCUCAUCUUAAUCCUCACCACCAAUCUCUUCAUCCUUUAUCUUCAAAUCAUCAUCAUACCAGUUAUUAUGGUAACAACAACAGUAGUAGCAAUGGUCAAACAAGUUCAUCACCAAGUUCAACUGACCUUUCAUCACCUUCUUAUGGAUUCCCUCAUCAUCCUCAUCACCAUCACCAUCAUUCAGCAUCUUCAGCUCCAUCUAUUUUCCAUAGUAGUUCUAAGUCUUUAUCCGGUUCACAUUCAAAUCUCAGCAGCAAAUCGAGGACCAAAGGAAGGUCAGCUUCCGAGGGCCGAGAAUGCGUUAAUUGUGGUGCUACUUCAACUCCUCUCUGGCGUCGAGAUGGAACAGGUCAUUACCUUUGUAAUGCUUGUGGACUUUACCAUAAGAUGAAUGGUCAGAAUAGACCGUUAAUCAAGCCCAAAAGAAGAUUGUCUGCAUCAAGAAGAGCGGGGACAAGUUGUGCCAAUUGUAAAACAACAACAACAACACUAUGGCGACGCAACCAUAAUGGCGAACCCGUUUGCAAUGCUUGUGGUCUCUACUAUAAACUUCAUAAUGUGAAUCGACCCUUGACCAUGAAAAAAGAUGGAAUCCAAACACGUAAUAGAAAAUUAUCAUCGAAGGGAAAGAAAAAGAAAGGUCUUUUACCGAUUACCGAAGUUCCCGUUUUAAAACCUUUGGAUCCAUCGAAACCUUUUUGUAGCUUUGCACCAACUCAUGGUCAUUUAUCGUCCGCCAUGAGCUCAAUGUCCGCCAUGUCAGCUGUUAAUCACUAUGUUCAUGGUGCAGGUAAUAUGCCCCUAGGCAUGGGUGGAUCUCAUUUCAUGUCAAGUCACACAGGUAUGCACAUGGGACCCAAUCAACAUCAUCCAGGUCAUGGGUUAUCGGCACUCUCAUUCCAGGCUAGUAACCAAAUUCUGGGUUCGAUGGGAGCUGGAGGAUUGGGAUUACCGUCAACAAGUAGCAUGGUCGGUGCUAUGGCUUAAUACAUAAAUUAAUUAAUUAUUAUCAUCGUGUCAUUUUCAUAAUCAUUAUCAUCACAUCGACAUAUUAUCAAGGAAAGAGAAAGGAAGAGACAAGAUAAUGAUGGAAUUACAUUUUUUAUUGUUAAUCCUUUUAUUAACUAACUCAUCUUGAAAAAGAAUAUAAAUGCAGCGAAAUUGAUUAACUCUCCAUGAAUUGAUAUUCUCUUGGUCAAGAUCAAUUGGCGAUUGUGCAGCAUCAAAGGCCAAGCCAAUAAUCAACUUGAUAUUUGCAACUCGACAUCAUCACCAUUAUAAUGUUUGUCUUUUUCUCUUUCAUCAUUAUCAUCCUCUUCAUCUUCACCUCUAUAAUCAUUUAAAUGGUCAAUUCAUCACUUGACCAGCAUAUAUAUCUAUGAUCAUCACAUUUCUCUCUCUCUCUCUCUCUUUUCUACCUUCAUCAUGUUUCUUUUAAACUGUCAUCCAAACUCUCAUGAGAAAUGAACCAAGCCAACAAUAAAAUUCAGCUUAUCAAAUGA